AUGAUGAUAUUAAAAUAAAUAUAAUAAAAAAAUGAACUCUUAAAUUUAGUCAAAUCCUAGAUAAGAGUCAUUAUUAUAAAUGCUUCAUUAUUCAGUUUGUCCCUUAUUGAAAGAUAAGAACCAAAAAUAAUUAGAGAAAUAGUUUUACUUAUUGAAUAAUUAUCAUCGAUCUUAUUCAUUAUUUCUUCUCUUUAGCAUUCUAGAAAACCUAAAUAUUUACUUUAAGACCACAUCAUUAAAUCUUAUUCAAUAUUGGACAACUAUGUCCCAUAAAUACAAAAUCUGAAUUUUUAGAUAUUAUUACUGAGUCUAAAACAACAUAAAAAUGAAACUCAUUUGUUUUUUUCACUUCUAUUUAAAAUGUAUUUUCUCUCUUUCAUUGAACAUAAUGUUGGUCUUAAGAAUACUAUUCUAAUUUAUUUCAUGAGUGGAAUCUCUUCUACUCUAUUUUAAGCCAUAGUUAGUUAAUAAGUUGGGUACAUAAAAAGAUUAUUUUAGAGUUUGUGGUUCCUUUCAUAUAGAGAAAAUCGAUUUAUGUCUUAUAUUUGCAAUAAUAAAUGUUAUGUAAAUAUACAAUAUUAUAAAAAAGAAAAGUGUUUUGCAUAAUAAUUAUAAUUUUAUAUUGAUCUUCAAGUGAGUCAUGAUUAUAGUCUCAUUUUAAUCAAAGUAGCUAUUGUAUUAUCUGUGUUGUAUAUUACAAGUCUUAAAUUUUACGCAAUUUUAAUGCAAGAAUCUCUAUUAUUUGAGUUUUAAUGCAUGAUAUUUGGGUAAUACUUUUCAUAUGGCUAAAAAAAACAACAUUAAUUGCAAUUAACUAAUAGCACUAAAUAAACCUAAUUGGUUAAAUAUAUUUAUUUAUAUGCCUCAGUUAUUAUCAUCAGUAUAGAAUUGAUUGUAUUUUUCCUAUUAAAAAAUCUUAUCAAAAUUUGA